AUGGCCAUGAGAACAGAUACAACACAUGCUAAUCCUAUUCGUCUUACUUCAGCAGAGAGGACGUAUCAGAUGCAGGAGCUGAGGAAGCAACUGCUAAGAGAAAUGUGCGACGGCGACAAAGCAGCCUUUUCUGAAGGAAAGCACAGUUUUGAAGACUUAAGGAAUGCAGAUCUAAAGCACCUGGUGGUGGACGACAAUCACGGCAUCAUCUACUGUUACAUUCCAAAGGUGGCGUGUACCAACUGGAAGAGAGUUAUGCUUGUCCUGAACAAGAGCGAGCCCUAUCAAGACCCUUCGAGCAUUGAUCAAGAGUUGGUCCACAAAUCCAACAUACUCACUCAACUAACCAGCUUCCCGAGAACAGAGAUGAAGGCCAAGCUGAAGCACUACACCAAGUUCCUGUUCGUCAGGGACCCUUUUGUGCGCCUCAUCUCCGCUUACCGCGACAAGUUUCAGCGGCAUAAUCAGUACUUCUAUCACAACUUCGCCCAGUACAUCCUGCGUGUGUACGGCAACAACUCCAACCCACCGCAAACUGUGGACGAGGCCUUCGCGUCUGGUACGCGUCCAUCAUUUUACAACUUUAUUCAGUACCUGCUGGACCCGGGGACAGAGACGACGGAGCCCUUUGAACCCCACUGGAGACAGAUGCACCGCCUGUGCCGACCCUGCCACGUACAAUAUGAUUUUGUCGGCCAUCAGGAGAGUCUUCAAGAGGAUGCUAAGCAGUUACUGAGUAUCCUAAAGCUGGAGGACGUCAUCAAAUUCCCCCCCUCCUAUGAGAACAUGACAUCCUCUGGUUCUGUGCAGGACUGGUUCAGAACAGUGCCCCUAGAGGACAGAAGAAAGCUGUACAAGCUCUAUGAGGCCGAUUUCAGGCUCUUCGGCUACAGCAAGCCGGAGGGACUGCUGGAUGAUUGAGGAGUCAGGAUGUGGGUUUUCAUUCUUGACUCUUCCCUAUGCUCCAG